GUUGAAAUUUCUGCAAUAUCCAAAAUCGUGUGCGCGCAUUCACCGGCAGCUCUGAACAUCACCAAAAGCGUGUGAGCGCAAAGAAAUAGCCUAACAGGACAACGGAGAAGCGGUGGCUUGGAAAGGAAAGACAAAUACCUAAACUGCGAAACGGAUUGCCCUCCUGAAUGAAACUCAGAUGUUCUUGUCGACGGACACAUACAGGUUAUCAUUACGACAAUUGCGCGACGCCUCUCGCUGAUGUUCCAGAUUUCGUUACAUCUGCUAUCGCUCGUCUGCGGUAGAUCCAUCAUUGAGAGCUUGACAGCAUUACAGCCGAUGAGAGGUGCACCGGAUAUACAAUUUAUACCCAGACACACAGAGCAGCGAUAAUGUGUAUUGUCGGUUUUGUCAUAGACAUUUGUUUUGCAAUGUAAUUUGUCUCGCCUACUUUCUAGAACGGAGGUGGAAAGGAACAGAACGGGUUUUUUUUUUUUUCACCGAAUGCAUUAUCAUAAACCUCCCAUCCAUUAUUUAACUGAUUCAUGAUUAAUUCUGGUGUGACAGAAAGACUGGCAAAUCAAAUCAAGGACGGAUACCUCUUUACUGCUUCAAAUCAGAUCAAAUCUUUAUUUAUCUCCAGUCAGUGGACUCGCGGCAGAAGCGCAUUUCUGAGGGUACCGGUGGGGUAGAUAGGGGGAGAUAGAGACGCCGGAAAUAGCAGAAACAAAUCACUGGAGAGUAGACGGUUGGGAGCAAGCGAGAAAAAAAUGCUACCUUCGCAAGAAGCCUCAAAAAUUUACCAUGACAACUAUAUGCGUAACUCUCGAACCAUCGGUGUCCUGUGGGCCAUCUUCACCAUCUGCUUCGCCACCAUCAACGUGGUAGUCUUCAUCCAGCCUUACUGGAUCGGGGACAGUCUGAGUACACCACAUGCCGGUUACUUCGGGUUGUUCCAUUACUGCGUGGGUGACGGUAACUCGAACCGGGAGCUGAUUUGCCAGGGAACAUUUUCCGACUUCAGCUCCAUCCCGUCCGGCGCGUUUAAGGCGGCCUCUUUCUUCGUGCUGCUGUCCAUGGUCCUCAUUUUGAGCUGCAUCGCCUGUAUGGCGCUCUUCUUCUUCUGCAACACCGCCACCGUCUACAAAACCUGCGCAUGGAUGCAACUGCUUUGCGCUGUUUGCCUGGUGCUGGGCUGUUUGAUUUUCCCAGAUGGCUGGGACGCAGAGGUCAUCCGGGACAUGUGCGGAGAGGAGACAGGAAAGUACACACUGGGAAACUGUUCAGUGCGCUGGGCUUACAUACUGGCCAUCAUCGGCAUCCUAGAUGCUCUCAUCCUGUCCUUUCUUGCUUUUGUCCUUGGAAACCGCCAGAACGACUUUAUGCAUGAUGAAAUCAAGUCUGAAAAUAAAGAUUUGGCAGUAUCCAGGAUUGAGAUCCGUGAUACGAAGGACCUUCGAUUCGGUGUCCAGCGGUUUCCGUGAGGAGACAGCAUCCUCCCUCCUUUAUCUUCUCCUCCACCCCUCUCUCCUUGUCCUCAGGCCUGUGUCUCUAAACUCAGUCAGGAUGCUGCUAGUUCAGCUCUUUGUAAUAUAGAAAAAGACUGGAAUACACUUCAAGAAAAGAACAUAUUCAACAUACACCUAUUUAAAAACCAUGAGAAUUUAAAACCAAUAAAAAGAAGAAAAGAUCAGCUUUACAUAAACCAACAACUCUGGGAAAGUAACAAGUUACACAUAUUACUACUGUUAUUUAAUAAUGCUUUGAUGACAAUUAUGAUGAUAGUCAUGAUUAUGCUUGCAACAGCGAUAUUAUGUUCAGACUUUCAUAUUUUAUCUAAAAUGGGGAACAUAUUUCUAGCUUUAAGAAAAUGUAAUGAAUCAAAGCAUAUGUACAAGAGAUUGGGUGCUACUCUGGACAAGCAGAUGAAAAGGAGAAACAUCAAGCCAAAAAUUUAAAUAAAACAAAAAAAAGGAAAAAAAAAAAAAGAAAAGAAAAAUUUUGUACAGCACAAGAUGUAAUUUUGAAGACCAUCUUUUUCUGACAAAUUUUGAAUUCCCCUCUUUGUACAUGUGGUCAGCAAUCAGAGUUAAAUGAUGAAUUAAAUAGUUAAUUUGUAAAUUUUAUAUUUAUAUGGAUACAGGGUACAGCCAUUAAGCAUUAAUUCACCCACAUCAUAUUCCUUCUACAAACUGGAGUGCAUUUAACAGAUUUAUUAUUUUAUCUUUCAGUUCACCUGAAGGUACCAAUAAUCACUCUAUGACUGCAGCAGAAAAGACUAACAACAGUUAAAUACACCACUAUCCCACAGAAAUCAUGCAAAUCUCUUCUUAAUUAUUAUUAUUUUUAUUAUUUUUUAUUUUUUUUACAGACACCCCCUCUCUUGAUAUUUCCUUUUUCAUUGAACCUUUUAGAGAGAGUGAGAUAGAUGUAUCAAUAGGGAUUAGCACGUGAACAUUCUUCGGACUCUGUUACAUUCCUUUCAUAAUUGGUCAUUUUCUGCAGCUCUUUGUGGUCAUUAGACCAAGGUGAUUUUUUCUUUCGUUGUUUUCAUUAAUCAUUUGUCUCGAGGAAAAGCCCUGCAUGCUGCAUUUUACUCAGGCCCAACGUGUUCUUAUCUGCCAUCUCCCACAUUAGAGCAUAGUAGAGCAGCACAAAGUUAACCGUAACACAUCUAGGUCGCUACUGACACUUGGUACACAGUCAUGAAAAUGACUACCUAUAUGUUUCCAAGGAAGAUGUGUAGCACAAUUAUUCACACAGUUUCUCAGCAUAAACUCACCAUGCAUUCAAUGGACUGAUGUGACUUCAUAUGCAAAAUGCAACAACCGAUUCUCGUAAUGAUGAUAUCAACAGUCCCAACUGCAAAUAAGACAUUGAUAUUUUGUUAUACAUUUCAUAGUGCACCAUUCAAAUGGAAUCUGAAUUUGUGCAAAAUCAGUAUUGGUCGCAGGUUUUAGUUGUGUUUUACCAACAUCUCCCUCCACUUUGUGUUAAACAAUCUUGUAAUGGCAUGAUUUCUGCUAAGUGGCAAGAACUAACACAGACCUGCAAUGUAUACUGGACAACACCAGUUAGGAUCAUCUCAAGAGGAAAACCCUGUUGGGGGUAGGUCUGGUAGUCUGUGGCCCCUUGAGUGGCGGAUUUUGGAGAUGACAUAAGAAGAACUCGAGAUCUGAAAAUAAAAUAAAAUGUGAUGUACUCCAUGGUGCUUAAACCCUUCUCAUCUUUAGAUAAAGACUGCUUUGCUGCUCCCCAUCUACCUCAGCCUUGAACCCCUCCUACUCUAUUUUCUUGAUAUGCGCCACUGGGAGACAAGCUAGAGAUGAAUGCUGAGAUCAGACGGAGAGUGGGGGUAUGAGGAGCAGGAAGAAUAGUCUGCAUUGGACUUUGAGACUAAUGGGUUUCUAUUCCAUAAUCUUAAAAUGCAGCUUCUGCAUAAACUCCCUGCAUCCCAUCAUUCAACUACACUACUGUUAAAAGGUUAGGAAAUGCUAAGACAUUUUUUGUUUGCUUGUUUAAAGAACUUGAGACUUUUAUUCACCUUGGAUGCAUCAAAUUAAUCAGAAAUGACUGUAAAAACAUUUACAAUGUUACAAAAGCUGUAUUAUAAAUGCUGCUUUAUUCAAACUCUGUUCAUCAAAGAGUCUUAUAUGCUCAGCAUUCAGUAUUCAGCAGCUUAUUAAAACAUUCUCCUGCUUUCUGCAGCACUUCCCAUAAGUGUUUUGGCUUGUUUUGGCACUUCCCAUGAACCUCAGUUUAACACUAGAAACUUAAAUUCAUCCAUCUGUAAUACCUUUUUAAAAAAAAUAAUAAUAAUCUCAAUAAUUUACAAUCCAUUCUUUAUGUUCUCUUGCCCAUUUAAGCACUUUCUUCUGCCAGAGUCAUUUUUGAAACUCUGCAUAAAGCCCGACAGCACCUUUUCUUCACUGUGGAAGCUGGACUUUAAUGUGUACUGUUCAUUAAAGCUUCUAGCUGAGCAGCAGUGAGGUGUCUGUUCCUCAAACUAGAGACGAGUUGUACAUCUGGGCUGUCCACUUCUCUCCGUGUGGUAGUUAGAUCCAGUUUACUUUCUCAAAAAAUCGACAGACCGAUGUUUCUAAAAAAAAAUAAAAAAUGUGUUUUUUAAACCCAAUAAUUACCUGCAGCGUCAUUAGCUGCAAAAUUAUUUGUGCUAAUAAUACAAAGGUUUCUCGAGUACAAAACAUGCACAUUCAAAUGAAUUCUUAAAGACUGUAUAACAAAAGGUUUUCUUAAUAGACUGGAGCAAUAGCUUCUGAAAAUAGCACUUUGUCAUCACUGUUAAAAUUUAAUUUUAAAAUGUCCAAAAACAAACCAGUUAUUUCAAACAGUAAUAAUAAUUGCAUUUUGUUUUGAUUAAUUAAAUGCGUAAUGCUUGGUAAACAGAAGGAGUCAUUUCUUUCAAAAAACAUAAAAAUGUCUUGGUUUUGCCAAACUUGGUAGUGUAUUUCUGUAUGCAUCAUUCAUUAUUCACAUUUCAUACUGUACAGUACAUCAUACAAAGCCUGUAAAACUACAAACAAAAGGUAUUUAUUUCAACCUGGGUGCACUGUGCUGGUCAACCUUUAUGUGAUAGGAAAACACAACUCAUAGACAUGCAUACACAAACAGUACCCCCAAUGACAACUAGUUAUUUUUGAAAAUUUGACCACCUCAGGGGUAGUGUAUUUCUGUAGUACUGGAUAUAAUUUCUUCUCAAAACUGUUUAAAUUAUUUUUCCUAAUGCCUGUAGCCUGCACUUAGCAAUUGUUACGGCAUAGCAACUUUAAUUAAUUCAAAAUAAUAUGUUGCAAUUCCAGACCAUCCACCUUGCACUAUGUAUGAUGGGUUGUUAAAAUCCAUCAAACAUUUCCAUAACCAUUACCCAGCUUUUUUUAUUAUUAUUAUUAUUAUUAUUAUUAUUAUUAUUAUUAUUAUUAAUUGAUUUAUGCAACAUUUUCAUCUUGGCACAUUGUAGAUGUAGAAAGAAAGUUUUGAGAGAAAUGUACUGGACUGCCAGUAUUCAGAUCAUGUAAAACUAAUUUAAUAUUUACGUGUUGGUCUUAGUUGUUAUCUUCAUUACCACACAACAUCCGUUCAGUUAAUCUCAUGUGAAACAACAUUGUCAUCCAACAUCCAGUCAUUAACAUUUAAGUUUAAAAACAAGUGUUGAUAGGCCCAUGUUACUGAAGGCUUAGUAGUGUUUCAUUUAUUUUCAAGUUUUACUUUCUCUUCUGUCUUGCAACACUUUUUUUUAUUGAUUUACCAUUUAAAAAUAUAUAUAAAAAAAAAAAAAAAAAAAAAAACGUGCCAAAAUUAAAGAACAAGACUACUGUGGAAAGACAUGACAUGGUUGAUUUCUGAAGUUCACAUUGUCUUUUCUUGUGCUUCACGUGUUUAAUGCCUCUCUUUUGAAGUUUAUUGCUUUUUGCUCUAGUUGUAAAUGUUUUCCCCCCUCUGAUCUUUCUGGAAUGCUGUAAUCUCUAAAUUAAACAAACGUGUAUAAAAAUAUUUCUGCAAGUCAUAGAGGAGUGUAACAUAACUUGACAUCGUCACCAUCACUGAAACAUUGUUGGUGUUGUUGCUUA